GUGCAUACCCACAGUUGUGAGCUCCCUGGCAGGCCCCUCACGCACAGGCGAACGUGUGACCCUGGCGGCUCGGACGUUUCUGGUUUCCUCAGGGAUGAAGGCCUUCGCAGUUCUUGUCAUCUUCGUCUCCUGCUCAAUGGCCCCCACCCACAGCAGCUUCUGGCAGUUUCAAAGGAUGGUCAAACACGUCACAGGGCGGAGUGCCUUCUUCUCCUAUUAUGGAUAUGGCUGCUACUGCGGGCUUGGGGGCAAAGGGAUCCCCGUGGAUGACACUGACAGGUGCUGCCUGGUGCACGACUGCUGCUAUGAGAAGCUGAAGCAGCUCGGCUGCCAGCCCGUGUUGAGCAGCUACCAGUUCCACAUCGUCAACGGGACUGUGGUCUGUGGUUGUGGCCUUGGUCCUGGUGUUGGCUGCCUGUGUGGGCUGAGAGCCUGUGAGUGUGACAAGCAAUCUGUGUACUGCUUCAAACAGAGCCUGCCCACCUAUGAGAAAAACUUCAAGCAGCUCUUCUCCAGCCGGCCCCGCUGUGGCGGGCGCAAAGUCCAGUGCUAGGAGGCCUCAGGGUUCUGCUUGUCAUUCAGCACCUGCUCCAGUGUCUCUCUUCUGGGGAGCCUCCCCAGCAGACUCCAGGCCUUUCCCCAGGAGGGAGAACAAAAUAUCCCCCACAAGGGGACAGCUCACCCUUCAGCAUUCUGGCGCAGACUACUCCUUGCAAUUCAGCAUCUGAAGACUGGAGAUCAGCAAUGAAAAAGACAAAAUCCCUGCCCUGAAGGAGCUUGAAUUCUAGGGAUGGAGAUAGGCCACACAUAUAUACCUAAAUAUAUGAUGCAUUCAGCUAGUGAUAAGUGCUGUGAUCAGGUAGUGGGGUAGAAAGAUGCCACAACCCUCCAUCUCUGCAAGUUUCUGGAAGUAGCCCCAGGAUAUACCCCCAAACUCCUCUUCCACCCCCAUCCCAAAUCAGGGUGCAGAGCAGACUUGGGAACUGGGCCCACAAACCAGACUACCUGGGAGCAAAGCAGAGACCCUGGAAAACAAGGUCUUGCAUACGCACCAAGGACCCAAGAGACACUCUUGGGUUUUUUUCUCAUUUGCUUGAGCUCUGCUCUCUGUAAAGUCCUAGUUAGGAAAAAAUUGACGUCAUUUUACCUGUCAGAAGACAGAGCACUCUGGGAACAACAGUAUCCCACUGCUGCCAUGUUGAUGUUGUGGGAGUUGUCAUGGAAGGUACAGUGGCCAGCUUCACCGGUCCGCCACCUGUAGCUGGACUAUGCCCACUGGGAGCAGAAUCUUGUCAGAAUAUUUAGGCAAAGCGAGAAAAGAAGAGGGAGGCAGUAAAAAGAGGAAGAGAGAAAAAAGUAAAUGGAGAAAGUGGGGAUGGGAGAGGGAAUCUGGUACUGAAAUUUUCCAUCCAAAUUUAGAAGCCCCUGGGUACAUCAGACUUAAGUUAUAAUAUUAAAAUGAUCUGAUUAAGAUGGAUUCUGGUUUUUAUGAUGCCCAUCUAAAAUGGUGGAUUGCAAACAUGGCCAUACUUGUUCUUGCCUCCCUGACUCCUGGCCCUUCACAGUGCAAGCUCAGCUUCUCCUCUCAAGAGAUAGAGCCCAUUUCUGCACCCCUUGACUCUGAACUGGCCUUGGACUCACUUUGGUCAACAGCAUGCAAUGGAAGUGAUGGUCUACCAGUUCUGAGCUAAUGCACUUCCACACGUUCUCUUGGGGUUCCUGCUCCACCAUGAGAACAAGCCUGGGCUAACCUGCUGGAAGAUGGAUCUGAGUCAGAUCAGCCCAGUUGUCUCACCUGAGACCUCAGCCAUGGGAGAGAGCCCCGUCAAGGCCAGCAAAGCCAGCCCGUCACAGACUACAGACUCGGGAGAACUCGGCUGAGACCUAAACAACCGUCAGCUGAGCCCAGCCUGAAUCACCAACAUACAGAAUUGUGAGCUAAAUAAAGUCUACUGUUUAAGCCA